AUGUUCUCCGUCGUUUACCUUUACUACAAAUUUCUUGCGUUCUUGAUUAGGCGAUUCAUCGCCCCCGAGAAAAAUACGCAAGCUACGCCCGAUGACGUCUAUCAGAUUCCGUCACGCGAUUCAGGACGGACUAUCAAAGCGCACGUCUACCGAAAUGCAACCGCAUCCACAGGGCCGACCCCCGUGUUGAUCAACUUCCACGGCAGUGGGUUCAUGCUCCCUCGUCACGGAGCCGACGAUGCAUUCUGUCGCCAGAUGAGCCACGAAACCGACCGGACAGUCCUCGAUGUCCAAUACCGCCUAGCACCCGAGAAUCCCUUCCCCGCAGCUCUCAACGAUGCCGAGGAUGUGGCCAAGUGGGUUCUGGGACAGCCCGAGAAAUUCGAUCUUAGCCGUGUCUCUUUGUCGGGGUUCAGUGCGGGUGGUAAUCUCUCCCUGGCUGCUGCAGCCAACCUGUUUCCGCCAGACACCUUCCACUCCGUUCUGGCGGUCUAUCCCGUGGUGGACCUGCAUACGAAUCCGGCGUUGAAGACCGCACCGGAUACUUCAGGCAGAGCGAUCCCCGCUGUAAUCUCGAAGAUCUUUGACAGGUGUUACACGCAUGCUGCAUAUGAUACCCGUGACCCGAGAAUCUCGCCGCUCUAUGCUAGUGCCGACCGAUUCCCUGCGCGGGUGAUGAUUGUCAGUGCGGCCUGCGACAACUUGGCGCCUGAGGCGGAGGCGCUGGCGGAGAAGAUUGCCAAGGAACCGGGGAAGGAGGUGGUGCGGCAGCGGAUGCAGAGCUGCAAUCACGGCUGGGAUAAAUCUGCUCGCCCGGGAACGGUGCAGGCUGAUGCAAGAGAGAAGACAUAUGCCAUGGCGGCAGCCAUGUUGUCGAGGUAG